CAGUAUUAUAAAACUGUGUGUUAGUUUGUAAUUGUUACUGACAGAGGAAUUCAGCCAUUGUCUGUAAUGAACAAAAUCAAGGAUGAUGGACUGGCUUCAUAAGGUGCUAUCAAUGAUUACAUUUUCCAGAUCUUCAUUUUCAUUGCGACAUUCAAGGUGGCUGUUGAUACCUUCCAAUUCUCCAUAGUUCCUGUCUUGUUGAAGUAGUGAAAUUGUUUCAUCUUCACUCCUGGCCGUUCCUGGCAUCUCCAAGCCUGAAAGCUUGAAACUGUAGCAAGCGAAACAGUUCUGAAUUGUCUUGCUGCUUAUUUGUCGCCAACUAUCAGCGACAAAAAUCACGGCUUUUUGAACACAAAUGCGCGCAAUUGAAGCUGUUUAAAAACUGUUUGCACCAAACACAGUGUAGCGUCCAAGUGCCUCACAAGUAUGCGCGAUGGACGCUAGUUGGAACCUGUUCAGCACCAGUCUCCAGUCCCAAUAAAGCGGCAAAUAAAUGGAGAGAGUCCCACAAUUUUCUCGAUUAGUUUUUGUUCUUUCAGAGUUGUCCCAAAUAAACAGCUGCCUCGAUUAACCGAUAGCCCAAUUAACCGGAAUCCACUGUACUUUGAAAAAUCAUUGCAAACCUGGGUCAUGUCUUGUAAUUGACAGGUUAAAUGCGACAAGCAAAGUGGAUCAUUCAGGAAUAUCAGGCUCUCCUGCAAUAUAAUCGGCAUUGAACUGUGCAUGUCGAUACCCUAAUGGGUUAUAAUUUAUGAAACCAGCACUGGACUGCCGACUGUAGCGUGAUUUAACAAGGGAUAGAUUGCAAGAUAGUAGACGAUACAUCGCAAUUUAUUGUCCUUCUAGGAAGCUAGAAGGGUGAAACAAAAAUAUAUCUCUGCCUGUCUGAAUGAAAGGAACUGGCCAAUAAGUGAAAUCCUGAAAAUUAAUUACAAACAUCAAUUCUCGGCUUAAUAAGUAACACAAUUGUAGUAGAAUGAAUUGAAUAAAAGAGCUCAGCGACGGAGGGGAUAAUAUGAAAUUAAUGGCUAUGUAAAUUACAUCUUGCUCUGCAAAUCCAUCAGAUGGAACUGGCCUUAGAGCAAGGAUCGCAGUGUCAGAGUGCCUGUUAUUUGCUGUAGCUCCAAACCCAUUACCACUCCUCUGGGAUACGCCAGUGAGAUACCAUUGGCAGGCUAUAGAGUGCGACCCCCGCUUGUAAUUUCAGUGAAGGCUCUUCGAAGCGAUGUUCCCAGGAACAGCCCUUUUCAGCUCUUGCUUCUAGUGGCAGCCCGCUUUCAUCGGACUGUCCAGAGGGAGUCCCAGUCCGUGUCCAGCUCCAGCCACACUAGCCUUCGGUUCAGCUUCGGGAAAUAGCAAGCCUGCUUGGAUUUCGUCUGACCUGCAGGAACUGGUUUGGGGAGUGACAGCGCUGGUUGAGAGCCGUAGUGCUGCUUGUUAUACCCACCCCGGUGUCUUACUGUGAAUAAGCGGAUUUCAAACCCUUUGCAGAUUAGACCGGGGUGGGGGGGGGGCAGCUACUGCCUUUCUGUAGCCACCAUGAACCUGGGCAGCCUAAGUUACCUGGUGCUGACAGCAACUACUCUAUACACUGCUGCGCUUAAUCAGCCCACCAGCAGGGAGUAUGAUCCAAUUCCGAGGAUUGCCUUUGCUUACAAUGACACUGCCAGAGUCGUCAGACACUUCUACAAGGAUGGGGUGCAAAACUAUACAAAGCUGUUGCUGGGCGCUGAUGGACAAUCUCUCUAUGUUGGCGCAAGGGAUGCUAUUUUCUCCUUGGAUGUUUCAGAUAUUGCUCCCAACAAGUUCAAGAAUGAGGUGAUUUGGGAAGCCCCACAUCAGAAGAGGAAGGAAUGUCACUUUAAGGGGAAAAGCCUAUCGAGUGACUGCUUCAAUUACAUCAAGAUCCUCCUCCAGCUGAAUAGCACACACGUAUAUGUUUGUGGGACUUAUGCUUUCAGCCCUACUUGUGCCUACAUUCAAAUUGCAGACUUCUCUCUUGCAAAAGGCCCCCGCAGUAACCUUCUCUUGGAGGAUGGAAAAGGUCGAUGUCCCUUUAAUCCCACCUAUAGCUCAACUGCAAUUAUGGUCGAGGAGGAGUUAUACGCAGGAACAGUCAGCAAUUUUCAAGGCAACGAACCGAUCAUUUCUAGAAGUCUGGGAAAUAAACCACCCUUAAAAACAGAGAAUUCUCUUAAUUGGCUUCAGGAUCCAGCAUUUGUGGGCUCGAAGUUUAUCCAGGAGAAUCCUGGGAAGGAUGAUGGAAAAAUCUAUUUCUUCUUCAGUGAAACUGGCAAAGAAUUUGACUUCUUUGAUACCACAAUUGUUUCACGGAUAGCCCGAAUCUGUAAGGGGGAUAUAGGAGGUGAGCGGGUUCUCCAGAAAAGGUGGACAACAUUCCUUAAAGCCCAGCUGUCCUGCUCACUCCCAGAGGACGGAUUCCCAUUUAAUGUUAUCCAGGAUAUGUUUGUUCUGUCUCCAGGAAAAGAAAGUUGGAAAAACACAACCUUCUACGGAGCAUUUACUUCCCAGUGGUAUAAAGGCGGUGCAGCUUCUUCUGCCGUUUGUGCUUUCUCCAUGGCUGAUGUCACGAGAGCCUUUGCUGGAAAGUACAUGGAGGUGAACCGCGAAACACAGCACUGGUAUCCGUACAACCAGAAUCCCCCAGAGCCAAGACCAGGUGCCUGCAUUACAGACAGUGUAAGAGCCAUGAACAUAACUUCUUCAUUCCAAAUGCCAGACAAAGUAUUGAAUUUUGCAAAGGACCAUUUUCUAAUGGAAAAGAGUGUCAAGAGUAAGCCCGUUCUGACGAAGAAGCACGUGAAGUACACCCAGCUCGCUGUGGACAGAGUGCAAGGCACUCAUGGGCAAUAUGAUGUUCUGUUUCUGGGCACAGAUACUGGAAUGUUGCACAAAGCCAUAAAUGUGAAUCACAAGGCCCACAUUAUUGAGGAAAUUGCUCUGUUUGCUGAACCACAACCAGUGCAGAACCUGAUUCUGGAUUCAAAACAGGGCAUGUUAUAUGCAUCUUCAUACACAGGAGUGAUUCAGCUAUCCGUCUCUAACUGCACCAAUUACCAGAGCUGUGGAGAGUGUAUCCUUGCCAGAGACCCGUACUGUGCUUGGGACACAAACAGAUGCAGGGACAUACGAGGACUACAAAUAGACCCACUUUGGAUGCAAGACAUUGAGAACGGCAGGCCAGGACAGCACUGCAGGCAAACAAAUGACUCGUUGAUGGAACCCAGGGGUUUGCGACCACAUCGUGCUCCCCCCUGUAAGCCUGUCAUUGUGCCAUCCAAUAGUUUUAAGGUGCUUCCAUGCAACGUGAAGUCGAACCUCGCGACGAGGAAGUGGGUGCACAACGGGACAGUGGCAGAUGCUGCAUUCAUGAUGCUUCCUGAUGGUGGGAUCAUUGCUACAGCAGAACCUCUGGGUGUAUUCGAGUGCUGGGCCAUUGAAGAAGGCUUCUGGCUACUGGUUGCAAAUUACUGUGUGAGGUUGGAUCUUUCUUCUGAAGCCACAACCUUGCAUGCAUCCAGAAAGUCUAUUGCAGUACUUAAUAAAGGGUCUGGAUUGCAAGAGAACGGGAUCAUAAUAAACCCUAUCAGCAGGGAGAGCCGGUUUUCGCAGCACACCAAUGGGAAGAACUACUGGACUGAGUUUGUGACUGUAAGUGUGGUCUUCGGAAUAACGGUGGCUGUCUCGAUUCUGGUGUUUUUAUACCAGAACAGAGAUCGAGUGAAGUCAUUGAUUAAGGAUGGUGAGUGUUCAAGUAUACCGCAGAAGAAACAGAGGAAAAUUGAGAUCCAGCAUGAAAGCUUCCCCCUAAAUGGAAACCCAGUACAAGUAGCAGCAUCUGAGCAUCACAAAGGUUACCAAAGCCUGAAUGACAAACAUAUCUGCAGUACCCCAGUGCUGGAAAACACUCUUAGUGCCAAGGACUCUGGGUAUACCCAGUCACCAAGCAACCAAACCAACCAAAAAAACUUGUACGUGGAGAUUUCGGCGCAUUGCCUGCAGCCCCGGGUGAGGAUUGGCCCCGAAAUCAAAGACUCAGUGGUGUGAGACAUCAAAGGAUGGAGUGAGGUAGCACUUGUGCCAACGUGGCCUUGGGAAAAGGGACCAACCACACAGAAUUGGAAAGCAUAAGGCUUGGCAGCUUCAAAGUCUGAAACCUCUGUAUUGUGCCAUUUUGUCUACCCCUUCAGUAUGUAAACGACAUGCAUGGAUGGUUAUCGGUGUGUCAGUCACGCUUUAGUAAAUGUGUGUCCGUUAUCAUCAGCCAAACCGCAUGAAGCAGCGCAUGAAUUACAACUUUCCCAAUUUGAUUUGCAAGUAUGGGCUCAAGGUUCAUGACAUUUUUAUGGUGAGGUGGAGAGUCUUUUCUGGGUGCAAAUGAGAGUGCCCUGUGUCAAAUGGACUGGAGCUUGCAUUGAGAGCAACAGGAGUUGCUGGAAGUAGAUAUGUAGUUUGUGGUUUGAGACACAACCAAACAUCACAUAAAGUUAUUUUACUGCAAUUAUUGGGCACUAUGUUGACUGUUUCAUUCAGUGUAUCCUCUGACGAACUUGUAAAUGCAGGAAGUCUGCCUAAAACCCUUUCCCUUUAUGUGAAAUACACAGACUGAUGACUGAUGAAAAUUAUCAUGUAGCAUGCAGAACUAGAAUACAUUUCUCUGUUUCGUACCAACUUGCAGGUGGAGGAGAAAUUUGACAAAAAUAAUGUGGUUUCAAAAAAAGGUCAAUUGAAGAUUCUACUUGUGAUUCCUUUGAAAUAUGACAGCAUUUUUUAAUUGUUGAAAAAGGAACUGAGAUAAAGGACUAGUUGUAAUGCGGUACAUUCUCACUUUUGUAGGCUAAUACAGCAGUUGGUGGGCACGCAUGUAUUUGGCUAAGUAAGCUGUGGUAUAUGAAUGGGCCAUGUAUAUGUAGUGUGUUCACAUACCUUUUAGAAUGGGUAUAUUGCUGAUAGCUAACAAUCUUGCCUGAUGGCAACUUGGGUUCUUAGCUAAGCCAGUAAAAUCAUAAUGGUUCGUGAAUGUGAAGCAUUUUGAUCUGUCCAUCAUGUUGAAAAGACAAAUGUGUCCUUCAGCUGAGGAUACGUUGGGAAGGUUCUUUGGCUUCUCCGGGCAGUUUACAUUUUUAUAAGAUCUUGAAUGUAGAAAAAGUCCAAAAACAUUUCAGAAUGCAGAAGCUUAACAAUGGAGGCGGAAGUGGCAGUCGAGGACUUAUUUAACUAGAUGGGCACUUGAUCCAUUGCGGACCGUAAGCACGAGACUCCUUCCCUAGGUGUAUCAGUCAGUAUAAAUGUGAAAUGUUAAUGUGGUUAAAAAUAGAGAUGGGAAAGAUUUUCUGGAAGACAGAAAGUUAAAACUUUCCUGCUAAGUAGAGACCAGAGGUAUUCCAUUUUUAAAUAGCUGAGCAUGUAGCCCUAAUAAAGAACAAAAGUUAGAUCCUGAGGCAGUUUGUUAAGGUCCUAACAUUUCAUCGGCGAAGGCUAUUGCAUUGAAAUUGGCCUUUGUGCAUUUUUUUUGGGUGCUAAAUAGGAGCUUAAACUAAAUCGGAGCCUGCAAAGAAAAGGUGAAUUGGGGACUUCUUUGUUUUAAGAAACAAUCAUUGUGGUUUUCCCCCUUUUAAGAACUUUGAAAAUCAACGUAAAUAUCGCAGUAGCUGCGUCUCAGCAGACAUUUUAUGGGCUGUUGAGGUAGGUCAGCAGUUUUGAAAAGAUGACUAUGUUAUAAAGUAUAAGAAAAGAUUGUGGAAGACAGGGACUAAGAGGGAUUACUUCAGAGUAGGGAGAGAGAGUGAAGAUUGGUCUUUCCAAUGUAACUCAUCCCUCCCUCUAUGAAAUGGACCCCCACUUAUACUGAGUAGUCCUCCUCCCUUUCUACCAGCAGUGGGUUCAUUCCACAGAUUGGAAUUCCUCAAGUCGAUCAACUUGCCAGCUCCUUACUUCACCACUCCCCCCCUCCCGGUUUCACCUAUCACCUGCCACCUUGUACUACUUCCUCCACCCCCCCCCCCCCCACCUUCUUAGGACUCCUUUCCAAUCCUGAUGAAGGGUCUCGGCGCAAAAAGUUUACUCCUUUCAAUAGAUGCUGCCUGGCCUCCUGAGUUCCUCCAGCAAUUCAUGGGUGUUGUUCCACGGACUGAGGUUUUUAUGACUUGCAGUUAGCAAUUCACAGAGCCCUGAAUCUGAACAAAGCUAUAGAAUGCUUUUUGCAUAGAAAAAUCAUUAAUUGCAUGAAUGAGUAUUAAUUCUUCAUUCAGUAUAAUUUGUAAAAUAUGAUUUUUUGAUCUAAUUUCUGUCCUCAAGUAAUUAAAAUGAAGUAAUGUAUGAGAAAUAUGACAGGGAAACAAAACCUGUGUUAAGAUGAAUAACAUAAAAUUACACAACAUCAGUCUUAGCCAAUGAAAUAAUGCCUGGAGAAGGUCCCUAUUUCCCAGUGGAUGGGACUUCAACAAAAAGUGGGCCCAAACAAGUCAACAUCUGCAUAAGGUACUUCUGCAUAAUUUAUGCUGAAAGAAGAGCAUUUGGGUCCGAUUUCUAAGGAUGUCAUUAAGUACAUAAUGAAAAAGCCCAAUUACUUUAUAUUUCCUUUUAGAACAAACUUUGUAUGGGAUUUAACUUUACAUAAACACCAAUUCCAUUUUCACCCUCCCCAAGUUCCCAUCAAUUUCUCCCCAGAUUCACCACUAACACUUCACUCACCCGUGCAAAAGGAACAAUUAUAAAUGGCCAUUUAACCUACCAAAUCCCAUGUGUUUGGCAUGUGGGAUGAAACCAGAAUAAUCAGAGGAAGGCGAACCAGUCACAGGGAGAACAUGUGACUCCAUACAGUCAGUACCAGAGCUAGUAAACACUGCCCUCCAUAUAUUGGUUGUCCAUCUUAUCCAAUAAUGACAGGAAGCUGAGGUAGAGUUGUUAAAGUGGAAAAGCGAUUGUACUGGUGCAGUUCCACUCUCAACCUCGGAAGUCCGAAUGCAGUGAAACGAGCAGCCUUCACAUGUAAUAGGUUUUUAUAAGUACAACUGUUCCUGUCAGGGAGGUACAUGCAAGUAUCUGUUCGGCUUCUCAGAAGUAAUCCCAUGAGAAGGUAAUUAACAGCGCAUAAUAAUCAUUCUCCAGCUUUCAUCUCUUUCCUGAUAUUACACUUAGAGUCACAAUUUCUGCUUUCAUGGUAAUUAACCUGAUUUCUCAUGCAAGUGUUUUCACAGUUCACAUAUUCAGGCAGAGAUGCAUAAAUAACAAUGUAACUGGUGUGCAAAAUAUGAAAAAUAUGUCUUUUAUAAAUUUGGUUUGAUUUUACCCAGUUUCACAUUUAUUGAAAAUUAUUAAGUUGUGAAGCCAGAAUUAUAAAGUGCAAAGGAUGGCCCUGUAUGUAAAGGGACAUUCCUUUAUGGGUCAUAUUUAAAACUGUGGUAUGAAGCCUGUUGCUUGCUUAUGUAGAAGAGAUGAUAACAUGUUAUCCUAUCGAUGGCAUAAUGUAACUUCCAAAACAAUUUAAAGCACAGAUAUGUAACGAUAGGAACAGACCAUUCAGCCUCUCAAGUCUGUUCUGUUUGUUAGCUAGACAAUACAUACCUUCACUGCCUCUACUUUCUUAGGUCAGCGGGUCUGCGCCAGUAGGUAAUGACUCCACAAGCCUUCUUUCCUUUUUCUCUCCCUUAAGAAGCAUGAGACAAAUUUCCUUUUAAUCCCUUCCUCCUGCUUCAUCUUCCCUUGUCCUGCACCCCCCCCCCCAUUGCCAUUGCUUUCAUAUUUCUCAACCGCCUCCUUUUGCCCUUCCCCCAUCCACUCCAGCUGACCCCGAUAAUCCGAUGUUUCAAAUUUGGUUGCCGCUAACUUCCAGGAUGGAGAGCCGUCUCAUCAUUUCCUCCCAAGAGCAAUUUGUGAAAUGUGAAAAGCACAUCAAAAAGGCAUCUGAAUUUUAACUGACAGAUUCUAUUACCACUGUGGCACAGACCUCCACUUGAGAACAAAGUCUGAUCUGAGUGUCUUUUAACUCAGCGAGCAUGCAGUGUUCCAUAUUACUGCUUUUUUAGUGAAUAUUUUGGGAAGAUAAUUUUUUUUAAAACAAAUGUAACAGCAUUAUAAGUUGCUAAUUAAAGUAUAAUUUUAUGAGAGAACUCGAGCAAAGUUUUACAAAGGCUCAAUUGUAAUAAUUCCUGAUAUUUAUGCUAUAACGCUCUAUAUGGUAUUAAUCAAUUAGACAUCAACCACCAAACUCCAACUGGUAACUGUUGUUUUCUGAUUUCCUAUGCACUAUGUACAAGAUCUUUCUGUUGGGUACCAGUGGCUGCACAAUGCCAUUUAAGUUUUGGGCUUUUGCACAUAUGCUGUAAAUAUUGUAUUGAUUGUGUUUGUGUAUUUUCUGUAAAUUGUGAUAAAGAUGUUUCCCAUCAUCCCUCCACCUUUGCGGACAGAUUUCUUAAACUAUUAAGUUUACAAACGUUCAUUUGCCUUUUGUAAAUUGCUGACGUAGUGUAAGAAUUCCAACUAAGAGUUGUCUUAGCAUUUGGCAUUUUCAUUGUGUUAGGUGUAGGCUUGGCAGUCUUAAUUAAUGAAAGCUGAUGAAAUCAAUCUAAAUAGCUCUUUGCUCUUGUGUGUCUGUUUUUACAAUUAAAUACUAUCAGUAAGGAAUGACCAAACGUGAAAUGUAUUUUCAGAUGUUAUUUUUCUGAAGUUUUCUACAGUUGGGCUGAAGAUAUCAUUGUCCUUUAUACUUGUGAAGCCUCCAGUGGCUAAUUUUAAAUUGAAAAACAUUUUUAGUAUCGAGUACUACAAAGUGACUGUUAUGAUAGUAUUUGUUAACCAUGGUUUAAGAAGGGAAAUAAUUAGUUUAAUUUGCUGAGGAUGUAUUUAGAGAUAAACAGAUUGAUUAAGAACACUAAAGAACAUUGAUAUGGGACAUGUUGCAAAGCAUUCCAACCUAAACAAUUACCUGUAAUAGGUAAGGUUACUUCAAAGAUAAUCCAUUGGUCAUAAAGCACUUUGAGAUCUCCUGUGAACUUUAUAAGAUGGUGUAUAAAUGUAGCUUCUUAAAAAAGCAUUAUUUCAGUAUGGUAUACCAAAGUUACUUGUUAUUAAUAAUAAUGUGACCAAUGUGUACAUAUUCGCAACCUUGGAUUCAGGUGAUUAGGGUGUUCUAAUUAUUGAACAAUAUUAACACUGACAGUUACAAUUAUCUUAAUAGGAACCACUCAACUAGUCCACGGGAUUGCGCUGGGGGUUUAGGCCAGUGCUUGAACGUGGAUUAUGUGUGAAUCCUCCUGAAUGAAUCGUCUUACUGUUUGUAAAAUGGAAAUAUAAACAAAUAGAUGAAAUUUGUCUUUUUAAAGCAUCUGGUACAAAUGACAGUCGACACUUCUGGAGUCUCUAUCAAAUCACGUUGUCAGGGCUGCCAAGCCUUCUAGAUAGCACUAAAGCAAAAAUUGUGCUUGUUUAGUGUUUUGUAUGUUAAUCUUGUAACUGUAUUGUAUUAUUAAAAAAGCACUUUAUUUCCUUUUAUUUGUAAUAAAACAAUAAAAAUGCUGUAUUUUGGUACUGA